GAAGUAAGAAGGCACAUGACCUGGGCCAGCUGACUUGAAUUGCUCUGCUCGUUCAAAGUUCAGUCUGCUUGGUGCAGAUUAGCAAGGGGCGGGUCAUUUUACAGAAGGGUCGACACAGUCGGCGCUAGUCAUGUCUGAGCAGACCUCUGCUCGUCUUCUGGAAUAACACAACACGGAUGACAGCGUGCUCUGAGAGCGAGGAAAAAUCAGAUGGCACUCGCACAGGACCAGAGUGCCAAAGGGGAAAGGAUCAAUAAGGAAACCGGAGAGCUAAGCGCUUCAGGGGAGUUAUCCGUCUCUGUGGAGUUAAAGGUGGAGGGCUCUUGUAGGAACCCUCAACUCCUUCAAGUGCUCAGGGAACAACUACAGGAGCUGGGAAUUCACACAAACCCGAGUCCUGAGCACAGAACUGACUAUGUCCCUUCAGAACAGACAGAGGAGCAUCUAGCCAAAGUCCUGCCUCUCUACAUACAGGUCUGUGAGGAUGGUGGCAGACUUGAAAGUUUGAACAUACAGGGGCUUGCAGCUCUCACAGCUGAUACCAUCAUCCACAACAUCCACAACAGACUGGCUGAAAGACCUGCAGAGGGGGCUCGUGGUGAGGUGGUGCGGUUCUUCCAGAGGAAGGAUACAAAGGAGACAAACUGUGAGGCCAGAGACAAUCGAGGAUGGCUGUUGUUAAAGUCUCUGCUGCUGCUGACCGCUGACAGCUCCGAUAUAUUGUCCUGCAUAAGCCCCGGGCUCCCUGCUGCUUUGGUGAAAUGUCUGUACCUGCUAGUGUGCCUUCCAGCUGAAAAGGAGAACUUGGCCAUAGAAGAGACCUUUCAGGAUCUGCUAACGCAGGUUCUCCUUCAGCUCUGUAGGCAGACAGUCAAUGUGGAGAGACUGGUGGAAACUCAGGAGCUGCAGUGCCUCAUCAUUGGCCUCACAUCCCUAUUGGACCAGACCAGCGCUCCAUGGAGACGUCAGGCCUCCCGGGUCCUCAAGGCAGUCUCUGCUGCAGCAACAAGCAACACUGUCCCGAGCUUGCAAGGCAAGGACUGUGUGCGCAUCUGCAUCCAGAACCUGUUGCACGUCGGGGCUGAUGUCUCGGGGUCGCUGCUGGCUGAGGUGGCUGUGGCUGUGUUCAGCUUCAUUAGAGACACAUACCCUCUCAAUCCAGCCCUCUUUGUAGAGUUUGACAACAAUAACGGCUACAAGGCCCUUGAAAUCAUCCUGAAACGCUGUGAGGAAGGUGUUUCUGUGGAUCAGUUACAGCAUGUGGAGGAGUUGCUGGCUCUCAUUGCAUCUUUCACCCUGCUUGGAAAAACUGAGCUGAAAGUGGCUCUUUGUGUGACGAAUCCUCAACCUCCAGCCUUUAGGUUUGACCCGCCACUCACCAAAGGUUUAACCGUAAAAAACCUGCAAGCCUUCCACCUGCUGCAGGCCUCCUUGCUGCGUUGUCACAAUUCCCUGCUGUGCUGCCAGCUCCUUCGAACCCUGCAGACAAUAUGGGAGAGGGACCCUGCCAACUUCUUCCUCUUAGAGUGGACGGUCCAGUCGAUGGCCCAGCUCGCUGCCUGUGUGUGGCGUAAACCAGCGCCUGUCCAAAAACGAUUCUUUUCACUGCUCGAGAUGGUGAUAUUUAAGUUUAACUACAUCCCCCAUGAGACCUUGCGGGCACUGCUGGUUGUGCUGAAGCAAAGCUGGUCUGGGACACUGGCUGGAGGAGUGGCAGAGAUAGAGUUUGGAGUGGUGGCUCUCAAGUGUUUUCACAGGAUGACGGAGCACAGUGGAAUGCUCGCUGAGGUGCUGAGUGACUGGGGCCUGCUGGAGCUGCUGCUCAGCGAAAUUCGUAGGAGAGCUAAAAUCCUAAGGAAGGCCGGCGUUGUCUCUUCCCCUCAAAGAGAUCCCCAGCAGCCGCCAUGUGUGGAGGACAGUGAGAGACUGCUCACUACCUGUAUGCUUCAAGUUGUCUCAACCCUUACUCUGCGUUCAAUCAAAAACACAAUUUCGGUGCGAGAUCUUGGGAUGGUUCCCUACAUAAAGAUCUUCUUGGAUGAGGAUCAAUACCGAGGUCCCACUCUGAGCAUUUUGGAGCAGCUAGCUGAAAUUAACCCAGAGGAGUUUAUGAGUAUAGCCAUAGGAGCCCUCUGCUCCUCUACGCAGCAGGAACUUGGUUUGAAGCGUGACCUUUUGCAGUCUGUGCGUAAGGUGCUGGAGAGCCCCAACAGCUGGGACGCCUUCAGGAGAGCAGGAGGCUUCACCGGACUGUUGUCUCUGGUGAUCGACAUGGAAGGAGCUCUGUCUGACCCUCCCCAGGGAGAAGUGUGGAAGUCCCUCCGGCACCAGCCGCUGCUGGACCUCCUCCUCCUCACUCUCCAUAUCCUGGCCUUGGCUGUGCAUCUUCACACAGUAAAUGCACACCAUUUUGAGACUGGUGGCUUUUAUGAAAGGCUGGCAGAGGCUCUUCUCCAGCUGGGCUGCUUCCAUGCAGAAGGCCCUGAGAAAGAGACAUUUGAUGAAGACGAGAGCUCCCGUCUCAAGCCUGCAGAGGACAACCAGUCUCCUGGAAAAAGCUUUCACCAGUUUGUAGAGUUUGCAGAGGCCCCUGAAGCUCCCUCCUCUCCCUUCACCACGCCGCCCAAUCUGCCUGUCACUCUUCGGACAUGUAUCAGGCUGCUCUCGUAUCUCGACCAGUUCGCCACAGGAACCUACUCUCCUCUGGAGUUAAACUCGGAACUAGAGCCUGAGGAUGGAUGUGAUGGAGAUAGAGAGAAAGCAAAUGGACCAGCGGGGCAUGAAGGAGUGUUUUCAGGGUCCCCUCCUGUCCACUUGGGAUCAGGCCUGCAGUCCGUUGAGGACACACACGGAAGAUCCAGGAACAAGGCUCCCAGUAUUUCCUCAGUCUGCACAGACUCUCACUACAGUAGGUUCAGCUGCAAUCAUGUUAUUCUUCAUCCAGGAGCAAUUCGUGUUAUUAUGACUCUCCUUCCAUCAGUAUUUACUCCCGAGGACCCACAACUCUCUAUGGAGGUCCAGCUCUCACUGGCGCUCCACAUCCAGGCCAUGGUCAAAUCUGAGCGAAACCGGCAGAUAGUGUGCGAAGGGGGGCUGGUCUCCACACUCCUGGCCCACUGUCGGAGCAUGUUGCUCGCUCCAAACCACCCGUUACAUCUACCUGUUACUCGUAUCUUGGAGAAGCUCGCCUCUCAGGCCAUCACACCUUCAGACUUCAGAAAGUUUCUGUGUUUAGGGGACCCACUAAUGUGCCGGGCAGACAAAACAGCCAUGCAACUAAAAUGUGCCACGCAAGUCAAACCUCCGGUUUCAAAUGAUCACAGCACAGAAGCAGAUGUCUCAUCAGGACCUUCAGUGAAGAAACUGAAGCGCACUUUUAGCUUGUUAAAGUCUACAACUCGCAGUGAAUCCUUUGUUGGUCCGGCAAUCCCUGUCCACCAGAUCGUCAGUCUGGUUUCCAUGACGUCACCACGCAACUUCAGACCACACAGAGUCUCCUCCUCACCGGCCUUUGUAGAGUUCGACAUGAGUGAGAGUGGAUAUGGCUGCCUUUUCCUGCCCUCUCUGGCUACAGUGAAAGGAGUGACUGCUGAUUCAAUUUCAACAGGUGGAAUUGGAGGAGACUGCCGGGGUUUUCCCCCUUCAGCUGGUCUCUCAUUUUCCUGCUGGUUCCAAAUCAACCGAUUUAGUUCAGCCUGUGAUUCUCAACCAAUCCACCUCCUGUCAGUGAUUCGCCACAUGUCCCGGACUGAACAACAGUACAUCUGCCUGUCUAUCACUUUCUCAGCCUAUGACGGCUGUCUGGUGAUCUCCACAGAAGAGGAAGCAUAUACAUACUUGGAUAUGAUGGAGCCAGAAGUUUGCUCUCCCACUCCUUUGCCAACAUCACUGAGGUUCCGCUGCUCCAGCAUGCUGGUCCCAGGUCAGUGGCACCAUCUGGCUGUGGUCAUGGCCAAAGACGUGAAGAAGAGCUGUAUCACUUCAGCCUACUUGAACGGCAAGGCAGUGGGGACAGGAAAGAUGAGGUAUAUUCAGCCAUUCCCUGGUCAGUAUGCCUCCAUGGACCCCGCAGCUGUAGUUGAUGUGUACGGACUGAUAGGGACACCAGCUCUCUGGAAGGAGCAUGCUGCUCUAGUGUGGCGAGUGGGUCCAUCGUUCCUGUUUGAAGAAGCUCUGAGCCCGGAGGCUGUGAGUGUCAUGUACGCGCAAGGCACCGCCUACCAGGGCAACUUCUUGGCUCUGGGCAAUAAAGAGCAUGAGUCAGAUGCUGAGUCUCUCCCUCUCAGGCUGGUUCCCGAGGAGAGGAUCUCAUUUGGCAUCAACCUAGCAAUUUCUACAUUAACAACUGUUGUGCAGAUCAGAGAAAAUUACAAUGAGGUGGACUGCAGACUAAUUGCUAAAGAGAUGGGGAUAACAUCUCGGGAUCAAUCGACCCCUGUGUUCCUCGCUCAAAACAUCAGCCAGCACCUGAGGGGCACAGCACGCACCAUAGGAGCAGCCCUGGUUGGACAUUUUGGCGUGCGUACGUUCACCCCCUGCAGUGCAGCCAAUGGUUUCUUAUACGUCGGCGGACCAGCAGUUGUUCUCAGUCUAGUUGCAAUGGCGCCAGAUGAUGGCUCUUUGUAUGCAGCUGUCAAAGUUCUUCUUUCUGUGCUUGAGACCAACUUCGCCAUGCAGCAGGAAAUGCACCGAAUCAAUGGAUAUAAGCUGCUAGCUUUCCUGCUGAAAAUGAAGCACAAUCUGGUCGGCUACAGAACCUUUCAGUUGGUUCUGUAUCUCUCCAAGUCAGUGGAGCUGAGCUCUGGGUCCGGUUGCAUCCAGAACACACGUGCUUUCCAGGCCCUGCUGUGUGACCUGGAGGUGUGGCAGAACACAUCAGAUAAUCUUGACCUUUCAGUUCUGAAACACUUUGCUGAAAUCCAGAAUACCUCAAGCAGUGACGGCAGGAAUGCGGCGGUCAUGCACAGAACGGGCCUGCUCCCGAAGCUGCUAUUGGAGCUUUCUGAUCCUGCUGUGACCGUUCAAAAGGUUCAGAUAAUUUCUUGUGUCAUCACAUCCCUCCUAAAAGCUCACUUGACCCCUCUGGACACAAGCAGACUUGGGCUCUUCCUGGUCUACACACUUCCUCCUCUUAGUAACAUUCAUGAAGGCGGCAGUGAGAUAUCUGACGGUGAUCUCUCACAGGACACACAAGCUCAGAGGUCUGAACCAGCCAGCCUCAUCUGGAUCCGUAACCAGCUCUUACGAUCUCUUUGCGAAAUCCUUAACUCGGACAACCUUCUAAUCAAAGAUCGGCAGAAGGCCUUGUUCGAUGCCCUGGGCAGUGAUUGGUUCCUGCUCUUCCUCCAGCCCCACCUUCACCCUUCCACCUUGAAACUGGGUCUCGUCCUGGUCACACACUUUCUGUCGAGUCCCAGCCAGCAGAGCAGCUUCAGACAGGGGGUUCUCCCAGCGACACUUAUAGAGGGCAUGGAGGAACCCCUCGCUGUCUUGGAUAACCUUCGAGCCCAUUCUUGUUCUUUUGAGUGCCUCAGCAGCACGUGCCCAGGCUUUGACGUUCUCCAGGUUCUGCUGAUUAGACACACUCAGCGGCCUCAGGUGUUUGAAGCCCUGGCUUCUCUGCUGCUGGAGAAGAAGACCAGUCACACAGCAGAGGGAAAGGUGCAUUUGGAUGAUUUCCUACAGUCAUUGAUUGACAGCCAAGCAGAAACUCCUGCUCAGCAGCUCUGUGUUGAAGCUGCGACGAUCCUGCUGGCAUUAGUCAAAACCAUCAUCAGUCAGCAUGUUCCAACAAAGGACAUUUCAAGCACUGAUGCAUCAUGGGAGUUGCAGCUCCCAGCAAGUGUGAUGCAGUUCCUUUGUCUACUCCAUAACCUGCGACCCAGAGAUCCACUGUGGGCAUCACCAGAGUUCCUUCAUGCACUCGCUGGAGUUGUGUAUCCUCUGGAUGUUUCAGAGGGUGUGGUUGAGCCUUGUGCGCUAAGUGAAGCUGAGGACACAUUCAAGAGUCCUGCAAACAGGAAGCCGGUGUGCGACUUCAUCCGUAUUCUGCUAAUGGACAGUCUUUUUAAUGUGUCUGCCAACACCAGCACACAUCCUUUCAUUCUACUGCUGGAGUUUUCGCCUGAAGGUGCAUCACUGAAACAGAAGCAGAGUUUCCAGACUGAGCUGCUCGAGUUGACCAUGGAUAUCAUCUACAUGCUCAGCAAUGAGGACGAGAACAACACUCACCUCAUCUCACAAGACGGCAAAAGUCAGACCCCUGAAGGCCAGAUGGGCACGUUGAUGGAGAAUGUGGUGUUCUUCAGUCAGACUCUGCAGCAGAAACUUUACAGCGGAACAUUCUUGGGAGACCCGGAGAGUUUGAUCAACUUUCUCGCAGAUCAGAUUGUUGUGGCUCUGGAGAAAGGCCAAACUCAGAAAGAGAAGAUGGUGUCUGCACUCUACUCAUGCACCAAUAAAGUCCUGCUCUAUCUCUUGUCCCAACCGCGAUGUUCCCAAGAAGAAAAGAACUGCAUCAUCGGGACAUUGCAGACCUUCGUGGAACGCUGGGAUGUUGUCAUGGCGACUUACAACGCUAACGUGAACUUCAUUACAUGCCUUCUUCAUUGUCUGUUACUGAUACGAUCGGGCAGCUACCCCGAAGGUUUUGGAUGUGUGGCACAAAAAGUGUCCAACAGAAAAACGUCAUCCCAAUUGUUUGUGACAAGAACCAGACAUUCUGCAGGUCUCAGCAACGGAGCAGACAUUACCACAGGUACGGAGGCCGAUGACAGAGAACUAGUGUCCUUAGCGGAGGCCUGUUGGUCGAAGGUCAUGGCGGAGAGGCAGCACAUGCUUGAAGAAACCUCUAAGAUGGAGAUCUCAGCGAGCCACACGGCUGAGACGGGGCCCGUCACCAUGACUGACAUCAGCCCUCUGUGGGAGGAGAUGGCACACAAAGCCUGGCUGCUGCACACAGAGUCUCGGAAGAAGAAUGUGGCCGGUAGUUCUCAGACGAAGUUUGAUAUGAUCAGCAGCGCUGUUCGCUCAGCUCUGGGCAGACUAAGCAAAGAGUCAGCAACAGUCGAGGAGUUUCUGUCCUACAUGGAGUCACACCGACAAAGAGGCCACAGAAUGUUUGAGAACAUGAGGACAAACCACUUACAGUUAAGAGCCAGUGAGUGGGAGCGAGUGAGCUCCAAGUGGCUGUCUGUGGAGGCCGAGCUGUUGAGGGAGAGAGCUGUUUUCGGCCCGGGCCCAGGGGUGCUGCUGAGCCGAGACUGGGAGCAAGAUGCUGCCGAAGGACCCAACCGAACCAGAUCACGCAUUCGCAAAAAGGCUCUGAGACGUUCCAAACAGGUGCUCGGAACGCUGUGUCUGGGUUUAAGGACUGGCAUGUCAGAGGACAACACAAAUAGACCGGAAGGUGACAUGGAGCUCAAGAUCCUGUGUGAAGUUGGAGCAGAGGCUAAAGAGGAUGAAGAGGAGGGACGACAGGAUUUUCACCAUUUGACCUUCUUCCCUGUGCUGAAUGAGAUACCUGCUGUCACCGAGGGUCCCCCCAGCCCCUUGACUCCCAAACCCUGCUCCCACACUCAAGACUGCCACGACAUACGCAUCAUUCUUCAGGAGCUGCACCCUGGAGAGGAGGUAAAGGCUAAGAUGUGUGUAGUGACGGUGAGCAGCCUCAAAGUGACGGAGGGGGUGCUGCUGUUUGGGAAAGAGAGCCUGCUCUUGUGUGAGGGAUUCACUCUGAGUCCUGCUGGAGACGUAUGUUGCAGGACACAUCACCCCAGCAGUGUGAGGGACUCCUUUAUUUCCACCAUGCUGAGUAAAGAGCUGCCACCAGCUCGCUGCAGACGGUGGCUCUAUGAGGACAUCAAGGAUGCUCGCUUCAUACGCUUCCUUUUAGAGGACAACGCUAUCGAAGUCUUCAUGAAAAACGGACUUUCAGCCUUCCUUGUAUUCCUGAAUAAAGACCAUGUCUCUGCAUAUAAAAGGUUGUGCAUGGUAGUGCCGGCAUUAAAAGGCAGAGGGGCUGCUGAGGUCAUUGCUAAUGCCAGGUGCUUUAGGAAGACUCCUGUGGUUGAAAAGGCAGCCCUUGGUAAAUGGCAGAGAGGGGAAAUAAGUAACUUUGAGUACUUGAUGCAUCUGAACACCAUCGCUGGGAGGACAUAUAAUGACCUGAUGCAGUACCCAGUCUUCCCCUGGGUCCUAGCUGACUACCAGUCAGAGGCGCUCGAUCUGUCAAAUCCUUCAACUUUCCGUGACCUGUCGAAGCCAAUGGGAGCUCAGACAGAGAAGAGGAGACAGGUGUUCAUCCAAAGAUAUGAAGAAGUUGAGAACAUCGAGGAUGAAGGAAAUUUGACGGCACAAUGCCACUACUGUACCCACUACUCCUCGGCCAUCAUCGUAUCCUCCUUCCUCGUCAGGAUGGAGCCGUUUUCACACACCUUCCAGACACUGCAGGGAGGGUUUGACAUCCCAGAGCGGAUGUUUUACAGUGUGAAGAAGGAGUGGGAGUCGGCCUCCAGAGACAACACGGGGGACGUCAGAGAGCUCAUCCCAGAAUUCUUCUACCUGUCUGACUUCCUGCUCAACGCCAACCACAUCCAGCUGGGCUUUAUGGAGGAUGGUACCGCUCUGGGAGAUGUGGAGCUGCCUCUUUGGGCAAAAGGUGACCCCCAGGAGUUCAUUAGAAUCCAUCGAGAGGCCUUGGAAAGUGACUAUGUGAGUGCCCACCUCCACCUAUGGAUCGACCUGAUAUUUGGGUACCAACAACAAGGCCCUGCUGCAGUAGAGAGUGUGAACACGUUCCACCCUUACUUCUAUGCUAAGAGAGGCCGGCAGGAUGCUAAGGACCCCCUAAUCAAGAGCACAAUCUUGGGUUACGUCAGCAACUUUGGCCAAGUUCCCAAACAGCUCUUCACCAAGCCACAUCAGCCUCGCAGUGGCACUAAGAAAGACGGGUCAUCACCACCCCAUCCGACUCCAUUUUUCUUUAAACUGGAUAACCUGAAGACCACUGUGCAGCCGUAUAGAGAGCUGCCGAGAGGCCCGGUGGGUCAGAUACUGUGUCUGGAAAAAGAGGUCGUGGUCCUGGAGAGAAACUGUCUCUUCCUGCCUCCUCUGUCGGGCUGCUUCUUCAGCUGGGGCUUCCCUGACUACAGCUGUGCCUUCGGAAACUUUGCCACGGAAAAGACCUUUGCUGUGUGUGAGAGUUUGUGUGACUGGGGGGAGACGCUGUGCGCCGCCUGUCCCAACCCGACAACCAUCGUCACUGCAGGGACCAGCACUGUGGUCUGUGUGUGGGAUGUGGCCGUCAACAAGGACAAACUCACUCGCAUGAAACUCAGACAGCCGUUAUACGGUCACACAGACUCCGUGACGUGUCUGGCUGUGUCCGAGAUCCACAGCAUGAUAGUAAGUGGCUCCCGUGACCUCACCUGUAUCCUGUGGGAUACAGAGGAGCUAAGCUACAUCACCCAGUUAGCAGGGCACACGACGAGCGUCUCUGCACUGGCUAUCAAUGACCUCACUGGUGAGAUUGCAUCAUGUGCAGGACCUCUGCUCUACCUGUGGACUAUGACGGGUCAGCUGUUGACCUGCACUGACGUGUCCUGCGGGCCUCAGGCAGACAUCCUGUGUGUCAGCUUCACACAGCGGCACGAGUGGGAUGCCAAGAACGUAAUUGUCACUGGCUGUGCUGACGGCAUCAUUCGGAUAUGGAAGACAGAGUACACCAGAACACAAUUACCUGGCCCUCCAGAAGAGCCUGUGUCCCCGGGGCAAGACCGAACAGAGAGAGACGUGAGCAGCUCACGCCAGGUCCAAGCCUGGGAGAGACGUCUGGUGUUAUGUCGAGAGCUGAGCAGAAGCCAGGCUGCGGCACAGCGGCGCAGCAAGAAGAGUCCGGCCAUCACGGCGCUGGCCAUCUCCAGGAGCCAUGCUACUUUGUUGGCAGGCGAUGCCUGGGGCAGAGUUUUCACCUGGACCUGUGAGUGAGGGCGGGGGGGAGGGGGGGGCAGGGAUUGAACAACAUCUUGCCUCCAGCUUCCAUUUCUACACCGACCUGAGACACUGAUGGAUUUUCUGUGUCAGAGUGUGACACCAGCUGAGCCCUGAGCCCUGCUGUAGCUCAGCGCUGCUCCCCGUGUGCAUUCAGCAAGAACUGUUACAAUAUUUAGUUCAUUCACGUCUCAGAAAAUAUAGAACAGUUUAUCUCCGACAUUGAUAUCUAGCUCUGCAUUUGUCUUUGUAAAUAUUAAAUAUCAACAAAUGAAUAAAACUACUAACUAUUUGCAUAAUACUUCUCCUGUGAGUGAUCUGGAUUAUAUUUGGACAUCUUGGUUGGCCAGUACUUCUAUUUUUAAUUUUUCGUUUCCUGUGAGUUAAAUAAAGGUGAAUCCAGAAGGAUACUGGCUAAACUUC